AUGGACGUGUACGACUUCAUCAGUUCGGAUGAAGAGAUGCCAGAAGGUUGGCUGCGAUUAGAGGUUUCUGAUGAUGAGGAGGAGGUAAGGGUGGCAGAGGAGGAAGAGGAUAAGGAGGGGGAGAAGGCUGUGGCCCCAACCCAGCUUUGGGAGGCCACUCCAACAACUUUUAGGGUCAAACCCAUCCGUAUGCAAGGCACAGCGACCCCAGGAGAGGAGAAGGGACAUGAGAAGCAGGGAGCAGCGAAGGAGGAGGUGACGCCCAGGGCCCAUGGAAGGAGGGCCUUUUCCCCAGGGGAGGCCUCCACCAUCCAGAGACUCUGUUGGGAGUUGAUUUAUUCAGACCAUGCCGUCUGUGAGGCGGACGUGGUCCUAUGUCUGAGCAGGGACCCUGAGGGCCGGAAAGUGAUGACGCGCCUGAGAAGAGACAAGCCAGAGGGGUGGCGGAAAAAGUUGACAGACCGGGAUGAUGAAAGAGCAGAUCAGGGUGGGAAGGAGGAGGAGCGGGAGAAGGAGGUCCGGGAGGAGAAGAAUGAGGAGAGGGAAGGGGAGAUGGAGAGGGAGGAGGAGCGUGAGCAGGAUGAAGAAAGAAUGCAAAUUCAGCAACUGCGAGUGUUACAUAAUAGUGGCAGAGGUGGUGUGAAAAUCAGAUCGACGAUCAUGACUUGGGAGUCAGACGAAGAUAUGCCGGAGGAUUGGGCGAGGGCCAUCGAAGAAGUGGAGCGGGACUUCGAUCCCGACUACACCGUGGAGGAAGAGGAGGAAGUGGAGGAGGAAGGCAAUGGAGAGGAGGACGAGCAGCUGAUGAACGUGGCGAAACGGCCAAGGAAACCCCGGAGUGAGCCUACCACACGGAAGAUCUGUCCGGAGCCUGGGUGUGGUCGGUCCGUCGUUCGAAUGGACACCCAUUUUGUGAAGUGCCAUGGCAUGAAGAGGGGGAGGGAACUUCACGAAAAGGUCAUUGAGACCAAAAAAAGUGCCACAGCUAGCUCUUCAAAGAAAGGGGAGGAACCAAAGGAAAAGAGUCCUUGGAUGAGCAGUGAACCGAUGAAGGUAUUCUUCGAAUGGCAGUGCUCCUUUGAAAAGAACAGGUCUACGAAGGAUUCGAGGCAGCACUGCCAGCAGGUGCAUAAGGUGGCAGAGGCCCUUGAUGGGUCGACCCUACUUCAUUCCUGGCCAUUACCAACCUCCAACAGAUCCGGGAGAGGUGGAUCAUUGCAAGAUUUCCAUGAAUUCUUGAUAGACUCACGCAGGAUAACUGGUGAGAUCUAUACCAUUAACACGGAACGUCUCUGUAGAUGGUCAAGGUCAGUCAAGGGUGAUCUCCUGAGGAGAAGGGUGGAGAAGAGGGCAGAAGAUGAUGAUAACAAGAUCGAGUCGGAGGACAUCCAGACAUUUGUGGAGUCCCCCAUCUACAACAAGACAGAGGAGCUGUUCCGCAGGUGCGAGGGUGUGGUCAAUGGGGUGUUGAGCAAGGCAGAGUAA